GUGGCGAGAGCGGGUGCGGCAGCCGCUGCGGCGGCGGGGCGGGGGCAUGGACCAGGCCUGGCAGAGCACGGGGCCCCGGCGAGUGCGCCCCGCCGCCCAGUGAGCGCCCCGGCGGCGGCGGCGGCGCGGGCCGGGGCGACUCCUGCCACCCCGAGCCCAAGGAGAACCCGGCCAAGAGGCAGCCUGGGUGUUGGAAGAGGAAAGGGGCAGCUAGUCUCAGCAGCCAAGGAUCCUGCCAGGGAGUCCGCAGAGCUGGCGAAAGCAGGCCCCUACUGUGAGCCCUGGCAGCUGUGGAGACUCCAUGAGACUAACUUCUUGACCCUUCUGCUCUUCGGUACUGUCCCUAGAAGUUCUCUGAGAUGCCUCUGCUGUCGAAGAAGCCCUGGGAGUCCAAGGCCAAGGGGCUGGUGCUGGGCGCUCUCUUUACCAGCUUCCUGUUGCUGCUCUACUCCUAUGUGGUGCCGCCUCUCCAUCCCAACGUGGCCUUCACGACCUCGGAGCCUGCAGCGCCCUGCUCUCCUGUUCCCAGUGAGUCUGAGGUGGCCACUCCUGGCAACGACUCUGCCGGAAGGUGCCAACCUCGGCAAGACAUCGUGUUCAUGAAGACGCACAAGACCGCCAGCAGCACGCUGCUCAACAUCCUCUUCCGCUUCGGCCAGAAGCAUGGGCUCAAGUUCGCCUUCCCCAAUGGCCGCAACGACUUCCACUACCCGUCCUACUUCACACGCAGCCUGGUACAGGACUACCGACCCGGGGCCUGCUUCAACAUCAUCUGCAACCACAUGCGCUUCCACUACGAAGAGGUGCGCGGGCUGAUGCGGCCCGGCGCCGCCUUCAUCACCGUCAUCCGCGACCCCGCUCGUCUCUUCGAGUCUUCCUUCCAUUAUUUUGGGUCCCUGGUGCCGCUCACCUGGAAGCUGUCGAGCCACGACAAGCUAGCAGAGUUCCUGCAGGACCCGGAUCGCUACUACGACCCGAGCGGCUACAACGCGCACUACCUCCGCAACCUACUCUUCUUCGACCUAGGCUACGACAGCGACCUGGACCCGGGCAGCCCGCGCGUGCAGGAGCACAUCCUGGAGGUGGAGCGCCGCUUCCACCUGGUGCUGCUGCAGGAGUACUUCGAUGAGUCCCUGGUGCUGCUCCGGGAGCUGCUCUGCUGGGACCUGGAGGACGUGUUGUACUUCAAGCUCAACGCGCGGCGCGACUCGCCGGUGCCGCGGCUCUCGGGCGAGCUAUACCGCCGUGCCACCGCCUGGAACCUGCUGGAUGUGCACCUCUACCGCCACUUCAAUGCCAGCUUCUGGCGAAAGGUGGAGGCCUUCGGGCGCGAGCGCAUGGUGCGCGAGGUGGCCGAGCUACGCCAAGCCAACGAGCGCAUGCGCCGCAUCUGCAUCGAUGGCGGCCAAGCGGUGGAUGCUGAGGCCAUCCAGGACUCGGCUAUGCAACCCUGGCAGCCCCUGGGUGUCAAGUCCAUCCUAGGUUACAACCUCAAGAAGAGCAUCGGGCCGCAUCACGAGCAGCUCUGUCGGCGCAUGCUCACGCCCGAGAUCCAGUACCUGUCCGACCUCGGCGCCAAUCUCUGGGUCACCAAGCUCUGGAAGUUCCUUAGGGACUUCUUAAGGUGGUGACAUACCCUGCCCACUUUCCGGUCUGGCUCCCUGCUGCAGAAGGGCUGGCCAGGGUGCCUCUGGCCCCUAGCCUUCCCCAGUCAUGCCUGGUGCCACCCUGGGGUCCCCUGGGGUUAUUAGCUGGCCGGGACUAGUCUCUCUGCACAAGAGAGAGCCUAACCGAGAAGUAUUUGACUAAUUAUGUAAUUUUGUAUUAAAUCUCCUUUAUUUCUAGACCUUUCUUACAAGGGGAGACUCAGAAAUAAAGGAAUUUUAUGUGUUUUUGUUAA